UUAUCAUAUGUUGUAUCACAUUUUGCGAUAUGUAUCACUUUUAGCGCACUUUGCAGUCAGAAAUACGCACGAAAAGAAUAAUUGAUCGUCUUCAAUUGAUAGUUUAGGCAAAGGUGAUGAUUGUGUGCCUAGAUUGUUUAACAUACUUUCCAUAAAUGGUACAUACGUUAGGUUACGGAAACACGGAAAACACGUAGACACGUAGAUAAACUACGCACUCACUGGAGUCGAAAGUGAUACGACGAUGAAGCAACAAAUAAUCGAUUCCAAAACGAAUCCUAGCGCAAGCGGAGAAGCCGAUGACUGUCUCUUUGAGUAUCUCCAUGGCGAACUGGUCAACUAUGUCUUGAGCAGGUCGUCUAACGCCGCAGAAGGCGAGGAAGAGCUAUCGCGUUUGGAGUGGAUGGGGUUCAGUGUCGGAUACAGAAUUAUCGAACGACUGACGAGGGAGUGGAGCAGGUUCAAGGACGAGCUAGACAUGAUCAAAUUCAUCUGCACGGACUUCUGGUCGAGCCUGUAUCACAAACAGAUUGACAACCUGAGAACUAAUCAUCACGGAGUGUACGUGUUGCAAGAUAAUGCCUUUAGAUUAUUGGAAAAAGUUGGCACAAGCAACAGCAAGCAGUAUCUCAAGGAGAGUCCACGUCUGUUGGCCUUUACUUGCGGCCUCCUUCGUGGUAGUUUGGCGAACCUGGGCAUUAUUAGCACCGUUACGGCAGAAACCACUACAUUACCGAGCUGCAAGUUUCAUGUUCAAGUCCAAAAGAUUUAAUAACUCCAUUCUGAGAAAUGAAAAGUGCAAAAAGGUAUAGCAAAAUUUCUCUUGCACGAUAUGAAGGAAUAUAAUAGGUAUUCAUCGUACGUCAUAUAUUUUUAUUGUAUUUAGAGGAAAGAAAAUAAAUUAUUAAUAUUCCAAAAAAUAA